UUAUGUAGUUUGACCACACGCGCAUACUCAGUAAAUUGAGAGAUAAACGCGAUGCUGUGCUAGUUGUAUUAAUAUGCAUGUUAUGUCGAGGUCGGAGGAUGCCGAAGAGUUUUUGCUUGGUACUCCGCAUCUGUUUCGUUUUGGUCGUUGUUCCGCGGGGACUGUGAGCUUCGCCGGUGACGGGAGUGCUGGACACACUGUACCGAUGUCUUACAUGUACUGAGCAGGAGCCGCGUCACUGCUGCAUGCGAACGGGGAAAGGAGAGAUGUGCUAUAUAUGAUACAACAAAAUUAUAAUUUUAUAUUAUAGCCAAUGCGCUCAACCGAAUAUUUCUGUCAGGACUUACAUUCAGUACAUUCCCCUGCAGUUGUUUCUGUUGCCGCCAAGAUUACGUGGAUCUGGCAAUCUGCGUUUUGUUAUAUUUGUUAUCUAGGCCGGCAGCAGUUGAAGGGUGCUAUCCUGUAUCAACAUUAUUAAUCAACUGUUAGGGCAACUUCUGCACCCGACAGAUCAUCCACGUGAACCCGGCCACUGUCGUUUUCGGGGCAUCGGCGCCCAUGAUCACUCCCCGCUUUUAUUAUGGAAGACAAGGCACUUCCCACACUCCUGCUUUGCAUUUUGACGCUCCUCCUGGCAAACGGUUCCGUUUGGGGACGUCGCGUGUGGUUCGUGUCAUCAGGGAUCGGCAGCUUCCAGAACGAGUCUUCGUCAUCCCUGGCGACUUACUCGUUCAACGUCAGUGGGCGGUUGGCUGAUGGGGACGCUGGAAGGGGCUUUAUCGGGAGAGUGCGGGCGGAAGCAGACAAAGGGAACCUGUCGAUAGCAUAUGCGCUCAAAGACAGCGCAGAUCAGUCGCCCAUACAGUUACUUGUCGACAGUGUCACCGGUGACCUACAAAUUCGGCCGGCGCACCUGAGCACCGCUGGCACUCAGCAGCUAACCUCACCCACAUCUGCAUCGGCAUCUGCAGCGGCUACGGACAGUGUACACUUCUUCGUCACAGCGGAGGAGCGGACAUCGGCUCCCGCCGCUGCCGGCAGUCAUCGGCUGAUCACGAGUUCGGACGGUGCCGACAAGAAGGACAAAGUUGUAGCAAAAGUAACGCUGAUUUUCUCCGGAAACGACACCGGCAUGGACGGGCUGUCUCCAGUGUUCGAUCUUGCCGUACCGAGCACUGCACUGGUGGGAGACGUCAUUGGGCGUGUGGAGUUGGCCAGCAGUGGACGGGGAAUUACAUACAGCGUCAGCAGCAUCGACGUCCUAUCAAAGGACAGCCCAGGGGCUAACAGCACGGCCACCCGCGGCCCUUCCGGCCGCCUCCUGGACAUCACGGCUCGCAGUGGUGAAGUGUACGUCAGUAUGUUCCUGGCGGCUUUCAGCCAACAGCGCCUACAGCUGACCGUGGCCGCCAGCGAAGCCGCUGGGCAACGCAAGGCACAGGGCAGCGUGCGCGUGUGGAUAUACGACUGCGGGCAGGAAGUGCAGCUAAGCCUGGGCUUGCCGGUCUCCGCGUUGUUGCAGCACGGCUACAGUAACCUGACGCAGCAGCUCAGCGCCGGAUUUGGUUGGCCCCUGGCACUAGGCAGGGUGUCUCUCAACGAAGCCGUAACGCCAGACUCCAAGCGCGAGCGGACAAUUGUCAAGUUGAUCUUCCUGGAUAAAACGCGCAAUCACAUCAUCAGUCCGAGUGCAGUGCUGACCGAGUUGGACCGGAACAGUGCGUCCUUCCGCGGGUUGGAGAGGGCUUUGGCGCUGGAGAAAAUGCAGGUUAGUGCGCGCAGUCUGCCGGCAUGGGAGAACGUUUCGCUGGCGGCUAUCGUCCUCAUCGCCGUCUGCGCCUUCCUGGCGCUGUGUCUGUGUCUCGUAACGGGCAUCUUCUGCCACUUGAAGCGCAGGUAUCGUCACGGAUAUUUUUACAGCAGGCAGCGUAUUCCGACGCCACCGACUAGCAGUGGCAAGUUGCCCGCUUACCGUGCCAAAGGUUCGCUGAGCGCCAGCAGCAUGCAUUCCCUGCAUCCCAUUUCCGACCAUCCGUCUUUCCAGCCGCCGGCGUCUGGGCACUACGGAAACGCCUUGCACAACCAUGGCUGGGCCAGUUCCCGGACGCCCUCCCUCUCCUCGACCGGUAUCGGCGCUGCGUCGAUGACGCCGGCGCCCUACAUCUACGGUUCAAUUGGCAACCCUCUGGCCUCCUUCCGCAGCAACUACCCGGUGGACAUUGGUCCGAAGCCUGAACGCGGCCGGAUGAGCAGCUACGAGGAGCAAGAGAUGUCGCUUAGCCUAGCGUCAGAUGCCAUAAGCUGCAGCGGUCGCCGCAGCGAGGAAGUGCCCAAACGGCGGACCGCGGUAGACGCCGCUGAAAUGGAGACUGACGGCGACGUGGACUGCCUGCCUGCCACCGAGUCUGACCCGCUUAGCCGUAUAACCCGAUCGACAGCAAAGACACGUCCACGCAGUCAGACCGCUUCGCAGUCGCCGGAAUCGCAAUUGCAAAGGCACCAUCGAGCUGCAGCGACCACGGGCCACGCGUCCAGUAUACAUGCGCCCGACACGCCCACUUCCCUGGAACAGACCUAUUUUUGAUGCACCAGCAGUAAUACUUCAGUACUGGGCUCUCGAACCUUGUAUUGUUAUUCCUCGUCUUUAUUUAUGCCGCAUUAGGUGCCGUGAUUGGUGUGAGGCCCUACGUUCGUUUUACCAUCGUUCUACCAUAACAAUGGCAAAACAUACGAGGGGCCUGGUGGCUAGUGUUCCUGUAGAAAACUAGUAGAAAUUUUUUAUCACGACGACGCUUUGUGUGCCAUAGAACAGACGGAAUUACUGCAUGUUCAGUUACUUACAUAAUACCACUCUUGCAGCAGUUUUCUUGCUUUCAAUAAAUGCAAUGGGUGAUCGCGCUGCAUGG